CUGCAUAAUAUAAUAGUAUCUAGUGCUACACAUAGUACCUAGUAUAGUACCUGGUAGUACGAAGUUAGUACAUGCAUACAAGAAAUCAGCAUGGGUAGCACGGAGGUAACACCGAUCCCAAAGAAAUUAAACGAAAGCAACGAUAUCGCUGAUGUUUACGGACCGAACUUAAAAAUUCUUCCAUGCAAUAAUCAAGUGAAGGAACUGCAGACUAUAUUGCGAGACAAAAACACCACAAGGAGCGAUUUCAAGUUCUACGCCGACCGUCUGAAUUUAUUACAAGUAAUUGAAUUAUAUCAAAUCGAUAUUUUUAUGAUAAGACUAGUGAUAGAAGAAAGUUUAAAUCAAUUACCUUUUUCCAAAUGUGUGGUAACUACACCAACUGGUGCCAAAUACAAUGGUUUGAAGUAUCAGAAAGGAAAUUGUGGAGUAUCUAUAGUAAGAAGCGGAGAAGCCAUGGAACAGGGUUUAAGAGACUGUUGUCGUAGUAUAAGAAUUGGGAAAAUAUUAGUUGAAAGUGAUGCAGACACCCAUGAAGCCAAAGUAGUUUAUGCAAAGUUUCCAGAUGAUAUAUCUGAAAGGAAAGUCUUACUUAUGUAUCCAAUAAUGAGUACUGGGAAUACUGUGAUAAAAGCAAUUGCUGUCCUAAAAGAACAUAACGUAAUUGAAGAAAAUAUCAUUUUAUCAAAUUUAUUUUGUACACCAAUUGCAGCUAAGUCUCUAGUCACUGCCUUUCCUCAGAUGAAAAUUUUAACAUCAGAGAUUCAUAGCAUUGCUCCAAAUCAUUUUGGACAGAAAUACUUUGGAUGUUCUCGUUUCGUCGUAGGGGAGACUACAAACAUACAAGGGAAAGAUAUUUGAAGAAUUUGUGUUACGAAUAUACACACACGUUAUGCAGAUGUUAGAGUUUAAUUUCAUUUUUUAACAAAUUUCAAUUGAAGAUAAUUACCAAAAUGUUAAGGAAUAUAUUUUUUUAAUGUAAUUAUGCCAUACGUUUAAAAUAUUUCUGUACUCAGUUUAUUACAUAAAAAUAGCUAAUUUAUCUAUUAAACUUGACAAACUUGCUUUCUAUAUACUCGAUGUUUUAUUUUCGUAUUUAUUAACGUUAAUGCUAGUCGUUUAUUCAUUGUUAAUAUGGAAAACAAAUAUUUAUUUUUAAAAAUUAAUGCUAUGAAGAAUAUAUAAAUAUAUAUAAAAUUGUUAAUAUGAUAGUUAGAUCGAUUUUUGAACAUCAAAUUGACGUGUAAGAUUACGAAGUAUAUUAAAUUGCUUUUUAUUAAAAAGAGAAAUAUCAGGUUUUAUAAAGUAAAAGUAAUUUACUUACCAAAAAACAUUCCUAGAAUGUAUAAAUUCAAUUAAUGACCAGUGAAUGUUGAUUAGUGAUAGGUACAUAGAAUAGAUUCGUAUGAUACACUUACAUAGAUGACAAAACUGUAUAUGUGGAAUUAUUAGACAAAUUUUUAAACUUCUCUAUUAUGGUAUUUAUUAGUAAAUUUUUAUAUGUAUGUAACAAUGAUUGGCAUGACUUAUAUAUAUCAUGUAUAAUGAACAUUGCUCUUGUAAAUAUAUAUUUUCAAUACAUAUAAUGUUAAAAUUUAUUAACUGUGAUGCUCAUGUCCAACACCUGUUGCUCGUGAAUAUAUCAUUCUCUAAUAAGAACGAGGUGGACAUUUUGAUUCGUAUGUGUAAAGCUUUUUAAUUUCUCUUUUUUUCCUAGUCUGAUUUUAAUAGCAUAUAUUUGAUAUUCAAAAGCUGCGGUACGUUAUAUUAAAAUUAGUCAGGCUUUUUAUCUCAUGCAUAAACGUAGUGUAAUGAACUUGAUAUUUUACACCUUCAUUUCAUAAUAAAACAGUUCAUAACACUCGCGUAAAGCUUUGAAUUUGUUCGUGAUUAAUACCCGUCUAUUACCUGAUCAGUAAGUGUGUAUAUUGUAAAACAAACUAUGUCAAGCUGUUUGGAUGAGUAACACUGCAUAAAUAUAUGUUGUCAAUAUUAAAUUUUUUGUACAAACAAUAAUGAAUAGGCCUUUGAUAAAAGGGUUUUAACAUCUCCAUUAAACUUUCACUCAUUUUUGAUCUCAUAAGUAAACAUUUUCAGCAUGAGAAAAGGAAAUCAGCUAUAAGUUACCCUAUUUCUGUUUUCAAUUACGGAAUAUCUAUGCGAAUUAGAUUAUAAAUAUAAUCGUAACAAAUUAAACAAAUUUAUCAGAUAUAUCACGUGCAACUAAGAAAUCUGACCUAUAUUAAGCCUAACGUUUUUUGGAAGUAAUAGCGAAAAUUAUUUUAGGAUGCAU